AAAACAGUGCACUGACUGAGUGAGUGUCAUCCAGUGCAAGCUCCCAGUCCCAGUCCCAGUCCCAGUCCCAGGGUAGUAGAGGACUAGAGGCAGGCUAGAGCAAAGCACGCGGAUUGCGUGGCUAGCGCAACAAUGGCGAUGGCCACGGCCAAGCUCGUCCUUCUCAUGGUCCUCGUGGCCGGCAGCUCCAGCGGCGGCAGCGCGUGGGGGCCGCUGAUGAGCCGCCUCCGGAUGCCGACGGCGCGGUCGCCCGUCGAGGUGGCGAAGGAGCGCCUCCAGGAGGACUACGUCGUAUCGGCGGCUGCGCCGCUGAUCCACGCGCUGCGGCCGCUGCUGGGCUCCGCGGGGGACCUGGGCCGGCGCGCCGGCGUGCCGUGCGACAGCUGGCGCCUGGCCGUGGAGACGUACAACAAGCGCGAUUGGACGACGGUGCCGGCCAGCUGCGAGCGCUACGUCGGCCACUACAUGCUCGGCGGCCACUACCGCCGGGACUCCCGCGUCGUCAUCGACGAGGCCAUCGCCUACGCCGAGGGCCUCAAGCUGGGCGGCAACGGCAAGGAGGUCUGGGUCUUCGAUAUCGACGAGACGUCCCUCUCCAAUCUCCCCUACUAUGCCACCCACGGCUUCGGCACUAAGCUAUACAACGCGACGAGCUUCAACGAGUACGUGCUGGAGGGGAGCGCGCCGGUGCUCCCGGAGACGCAGCGGCUGUUCAAGAAGCUCGUCUCGCUGGGCAUCAAGCCGGUGUUCCUGACGGGCCGCACCGAGGACCAGAGGGCCAUCACCGUCACCAACCUCCGCCGCCAGGGGUACUCCGGCUGGAUGACGCUGCUGCUCAAGCCCGUCGGCCUCAAGGCCACCGCCAUCGCCUACAAGUCCGGCGAGCGCCAGAAGCUCCAGGACGCCGGGUACGUCAUCGUCGGCAACAUCGGCGACCAGUGGAGCGACAUCCUCGGCGCGCCGGAGGGCGCGCGCACCUUCAAGCUGCCUGACCCCCUCUACUACAUUGGCUAAGCAGCGAUGCCAACGGCGCGGCGCGGCUCUCCAUCAGCCCAUCCAUCAACCCGUCACCCGGCUCCAGUGCCUGUGCUCAACUACUCUUUGUUUGUUACCCCUCACUUCUUAUCAUCAUUAAUUCCUAAGGUUAAUUCCCUGAGCUGAGUGGAAAUAAGGCCGACUCGGUGGAGAGCUGUCGACUUCUCAAUAAAUAAUUGCUCAUGAAAA